AACACAAACUGAGCAACAUUGUAAUAGUCAGAGAGGAGGAGAAGAAGAAGGAGACGCCUAAACGAUGCCGUACUACACCAAAGACGACGAUGAAGUUGAUGAAUUCAACGAUUACGAUCCGACGCCGUAUAGCGGAGGCUAUGACAUCACCGUGACGUACGGUCGCUCAGUCCCACCGUCAGACGAGACUUGUUACCCUCUCUCGUCUCGCUCCGGUGACGCCUUCGAAUAUGAGCGACCCGUGUUUUCUUCCAGCCAUGAGCCUGCUGCUUAUGGCGACCAGGCUCUCAAAACCGAGUACAGUAGCUAUGCCCGACCAAAAACCCGACCCGGAGGUCACGGAGGCGCUCACGUUGAAGGUGAGGACGGAGGAUCUGGAUCUGGUUUAGGCCGGAAACCUGAUUCCGGCUAUGGCGGAAGAACGGAGGUUGAGUAUGGCCGUACUCCACCUGAGUUGGAGCACAGCCACACAAAAUAUAGUGGGAAGGACCCUGGUGAUGAGAAGAACAUGAAGAAGGAUAAGAAAAAGGAUGGUAAUGUCUCUGACGAUGAUGAGAAGAAGAAAAAGAAGAAGGAGAAGGACCAAUACAAGCACCACAACGACCAUCAUGAUGAUGGUUAUGAUGAGGAAAAGAAGAAGAAGAAGGAGAAGGACCAUCAUGCUGAUGAUGAAAAGAAGAAGAAAAAGGACCAUCAUGAUGAUGGUUAUGUUGAGAAAAAGAAGAAGGACAAGGACAAGGACCAUCAUCAUGAUGAUGAUGAGAAGAAAAAGAAGAAGAAGGACAAGGACCAACAUGAUGAUUAUGAUGAGAAGAAGAAGAAGAAAAAGGACUAUGAUGAUGAUGAUGAAAAGAAGAAGAAGAAAGACCAUCAUGAUGAUUAUGGUGAGAAGAAGAAGAAGAAAGACGAUCAUGAUGAGAAAAAGAAGAAGAAGGAGAAGGACCAUCAUGAUAGUGACGAUGAGAAGAAGAACAAGAAGAAGGAUAAGCACCACAAGGGCCAUGACUAAAACCCUUCUUUGUAAGGGAUUGCAUCUCUCAAGCUUCUAUUCACUAAUUAAGUAAGUAAACCCACUCACCCUUUUCUCUAGGUUUAUGUUUUGUUGUUUUGUUUUGUUUUCUGGUUCCCAUUUGUGCUAUCUUCUACGAGACUUAAUCGAGUCAUGAAAUUAUGCAUUAUAAGUUUCCUA